UAGCAUCAUCACCGUACUGCUCAACGGCUCUGAUCUCUCCUCACCACUCCACGCGCAUUAUUUGAACCUCUCACUCCAGAAACCUCGAAAAGAAGCGAAAAAUCGAAGCAGCAAAAGAAACUCGAAAAAAAUAAAAAUAAAACCCAAAGUUCAAUUAUAUUAUACUCCUUAAUUUUAAUUAAUUAGCUUAGGGUUUUUUAUUUUGUAAAUCGAGUUCUUCACCGUCUGGAUUUUUAUCAGCCGUUUGAUCUGAUCUGAUCUCGAGAUUUUGCUGUUUCAUUUUGAUGAUUGGAAUUUGAUUUGUUGUUGCGCGAGAGAGAGAUCGAGAUGAUUUCGUUGCAGAACGGAGCUCGGCCGGUUGUGUUUGGUUCGGCUCGCGAUGACGCCGUCGGUGGCUUCCAGGUGAAGAUCGAGCCGCCCGCUUCGGUUUCGGCGGCUUCUUCGGCUGCUUUGAGCUUGUUGCCUUUUAAAUGCCGUGAUUCUCAUCAUGAAGUUGUGGAAGAAGACGCGCACUUGGGGCUGGCGCAUCAGCUGUACAAAUCUGGGAAUUACAAACAAGCAUUAGAGCAUAGCAGUGUUGUUUAUGAGAGAAGUCCGCAGCGGACUGAUAAUCUUCUUCUUUUGGGUGCUAUUUAUUAUCAGUUGCAAGAUUAUGAUAUGUGCAUUGCAAAAAAUGAGGAAGCUCUUCGACUUGAGCCACGUUUUGCGGAGUGUUAUGGAAACAUGGCAAAUGCUUGGAAGGAGAAGGGUGAUAUUGAUCUUGCAAUUCGAUACUAUUUGGUUUCCAUUGAGCUUCGACCCAACUUUGCUGAUGCAUGGUCAAAUUUGGCUAGUGCAUACAUGCGAAAGGGAAGACUUAAUGAGGCAUCACAGUGUUGUCGUCAGGCCUUGGCAUUGAAUCCUCACCUGGUUGAUGCUCAUAGCAAUCUUGGGAAUUUAAUGAAGGCACAAGGAUUGGUGCAAGAAGCAUACAGUUGCUACCUUGAGGCUCUACGGAUACAACCAACUUUUGCUAUUGCGUGGUCAAAUCUUGCUGGUCUCUUUAUGGAGUCUGGUGAUCGUAACAGAGCUCUUCAAUAUUAUAAGGAAGCUGUAAAACUUAAACCUAAAUUUCCUGAUGCCUACCUAAAUCUUGGAAAUGUUUAUAAGGCCUUGGGAAUGCCACAAGAGGCUAUAGUGUGCUAUCAGCAAGCAGUUCAGGCACGACCGAACUAUGCAAUGGCUUUUGGAAAUUUGGCUAGUACAUAUUAUGAGCGUGGCCAACUGGAUUUGGCAAUUCUUCAUUAUAAGCAAGCCAUUGCUUGUGAUCAGAGAUUUUUAGAGGCUUACAAUAACUUGGGAAAUGCAUUGAAAGAUGUUGGUCGAGUGGAUGAAGCAAUCCAAUGCUAUAAUCAAUGCCUUUCACUACAACCAAACCACCCGCAAGCACUUACCAAUCUUGGGAAUAUAUAUAUGGAAUGGAACAUGUCUGCUGCUGCUGCUUCAUGUUACAAGGCUACUCUGGCUGUCACAACAGGGCUGUCUGCUCCUUUCAGUAAUCUUGCUGUAAUCUAUAAACAACAGGGAAACUACUCAGAUGCUAUAUCAUGCUAUAAUGAGGUUCUUCGAAUUGAACCUUUGGCAGCUGAUGGACUUGUAAAUAGGGGCAACACUUACAAGGAGAUUGGUAGAGUAAGUGAGGCAAUUCAAGACUACAUUAAUGCUAUCACUAUCCGGCCAAACAUGGCAGAAGCCCAUGCAAAUUUGGCUUCAGCUUAUAAAGACAGUGGACAUGUGGAGGCUGCUAUAAAGAGCUAUAGGAAGGCACUGCUUCUGCGAACAGACUUUCCAGAAGCAACAUGCAACCUACUACAUACUUUGCAGUGUGUCUGCUGCUGGGAGGAUCGUGAUAAAAUGUUCAAUGAAGUUGAAGGGAUUAUUAGGAGACAGAUUUCGAUGGCAGUUCUUCCUAGUGUGCAGCCUUUUCAUGCUAUUGCAUAUCCUAUCGAUCCAGUGCUUGCACUUGAAAUCAGUCGUAAAUACGCGGCUCAUUGCUCCAUAAUUGCAUCUCGUUUUGCCCUUCCUCCCUUCAAGCAUCCUGCCCCUCUUCCUGUUAAGCAUGAGCGUGGAAGCGGGAGACUUAGGAUUGGAUAUGUGAGCAGUGACUUUGGGAACCAUCCCUUGUCACACCUUAUGGGAUCUGUAUUUGGCAUGCACAACAGAGAAAAUGUUGAGGUGUUCUGCUAUGCCUUGAGUCCAAAUGAUGGUACCGAGUGGAGGCAGCGGACCCAGUUUGAAGCUGAGCAUUUUAUAGAUGUAUCUGCCAUGACAUCUGAUAUGAUUGCUAAACUAAUUAAUGAGGACAAGAUACAAAUCCUGAUCAACCUUAAUGGGUAUACCAAGGGGGCAAGAAAUGAAAUAUUUGCAAUGCAGCCUGCACCCAUACAGGUUUCAUACAUGGGAUUCCCUGGGACCACAGGAGCAACAUACAUUGAUUAUUUGGUCACUGAUGAGUUUGUUUCACCCACCUGUUUCUCACAUAUUUAUUCUGAAAAGCUGGUUCACCUGCCGCAUUGCUACUUUGUGAAUGAUUAUAAACAGAAAAAUUUGGAUGUUUUGGAUCCAACGUGCCAGCACAAGCGAUCUGAUUAUGGCCUCCCUGAAGAUAAAUUUAUAUUUGCAUGCUUCAAUCAGCUGUACAAAAUGGAUCCUGAAAUCUUUAAAACUUGGUGCAACAUUCUUAAACGUGUACCCAACAGUGCACUUUGGCUCCUUAGGUUCCCUGCUGCAGGGGAAAUGAGACUCCGUGCAUAUGCUGUUGCCCAAGGGGUGCAGCCAGACCAAAUUAUUUUCACAGAUGUUGCCAUGAAACAAGAACAUAUCAGACGAAGUGCUUUGGCAGAUUUAUUUCUUGACACGCCAUUAUGCAAUGCCCAUACCACAGGGACAGAUAUUCUGUGGGCAGGUUUGCCAAUGGUGACCAUGCCCCUUGAGAAAAUGGCUACUAGAGUUGCUGGAUCACUCUGUCUUGCCACUGGACUUGGGGACGAGAUGAUUGUAAGCAGUAUGAAAGAAUAUGAAGAGAGGGCCGUGUCUCUUGCAUUAAACCGGCCAAAGCUUCAGUCUCUAACAAAUAGACUGAAGGCAGCCCGUAUGACUUGCCCUCUGUUUGACACAAGACGCUGGGUUAGAAACCUGGAUAGGGCAUAUUUCAAAAUGUGGAGUAUUCAUUGCUCAGGCCAGCAACCCCACCACUUUAAGGUUGCUGAAAAUGAUUUUGAUUUCCCAUAAGAUUCGUCGGACGGGAUUGUAGAUAAGAGCAAAGAAAAAGGAGGUACAGAAUAUUUAGGAAAAAAAUUGGUCAAUUAUUCAGAUGAAAUUGUGAUGUGUUUCCCAUAUCCGUGGAUGAAUUCAGUUCCUCUCUCCCCCUCGCUCUCUCUCUUUUCAACAACUUUGGGCUAGAAAUGAAAUGAUAAAAUUGGUGCUUGUGAUCACA